GCAAAUCAUGUUCUUAUCAAGACUUGUUCAAAGCUUCAAAAGACUUUCGUCGUAAUCAAGAGUUUGAGCAUUGGACUGUUGGAAGAAGAUUGAUUGACCAUUGUUGUAUUUUACUGUCGCAUAGUUUACUUCAUAGCUUGCGAUAUGUCUAGUGAGCUUGAACCAGAAACCGUAUAUGACAUGGUUGUAGUACACCGAGAAAAUGAUGUUCGUGUAGUAACACUGCAGUUAUUUCAGCUAUACACUCUCCGUAAACUUGAUCGCCAUUUCAAACCAGUCAUACCCUUUGGUCCUCACCUCUUCGGAAGUGGAAAGACGAAAUUCGUACAAAGUUACUUGGAACUGGUGAAUAAUAUGGGUGAAAGUGCACUGAUAGGUCUCGAUUACGUUUAUGAGUCUGAGAAGGCCAACCGAAGAGGUUUCCUGGAGAAAUUAAAAAGGGCUUCGUUGCUCUUUGUGGACUUGAGGAGGUUGGAGCCCACAGUCCCCAUAGAGUUUUUUCGAAACCUGAAGUGGGCAGUCUACUAUUUGUUAAUAAAGGCUGCCUGCUCUCAAGUUGGCGCGGAAAUUUUGCGAAAAAAAGAAGCCUUCGAAAUGGUGGAUAUGGAACCCUCCAACCUAGUUCCACUCUUACGAGAUAUACUAAGGAUUCCUUCUGAUCAAUAUCUUCUUCUAGCUUUUGACGAAGUUGGUGUGUUUGAUACAAAGGCAACUUUUUUUGAACUGGAGAAGAAUGACAAAGGUGUGGUUCGACCUUACAAUGACUUUAUCGGUAUUAUUCGUGAGUUGUGCGAAGAACCCGACUUGUUUUUUAUUGUUGUUGGGAAAAGUGAAGGCUUAAAUAUAUACAAUUACGUAGCUUCAGUCUCAAGGGUUCAGUUAGUGUUUAUUCCUCUUGCGCCGCUUGAGAAACAUAGUAUCGUGGAACAUUUGGAGAAAAGUUCUUCCUUUUUAUUCACUGGGAGCCCAAAGGUUUCAGAAAUUCUUUGUCACGAAGACUUCUCAACUAGUGAACUUGCAGAAUUGUUGUUGGAAUUGACUGGUGGUGUUCCUCGUUUACUUGUUCGAGCAAUCAGUUACCUUUUGCUGUAUAAAUCAUCCAACAACAAUUUCUUAUUAUCUAAGGAAACCUUCUUGAUCAUAAUGAAUAGCUUUCUAGUAACAAAUUAUUGUGUUGCGCCAUUCUUACCUCGUCUGAUAAGUCUGAGUGAGCAGCGUAAGCGCUUGUUAAGAAUGCUUACGUUAUUAUCUUUGUAUCGUAUUCGAUUUGAUUUUGAUGAAACUGUGCAAAUAAGCUCAAAUUCUGAUGUGUUUUUGUAUGAUCUAGUUACAGAUAUGUAUCUCUAUCGUCGAUUGGUUAUAGAACCAGACCGCAUCGAACGCUAUGAAGUGUUGAUUCCCAAGUUACUUAUUGAAUAUAUUGACCAAGGCUUAAAGGAUGAUCGUUUAGAAUGGUUACUUUUACAAACCCUCAAGUCUCAAUCUGUCGAAUUCUUUUAUGAGUCGAAAUGUCGAAUUUUGGAAGGUCUUAUUGCUACACUGUUUUAUUUACACUUUUCUCGGCAUCCUACAAACAGCUCAAUGUUUUCUACUCUUGGUCAAUUGUCUCGUGUUUGGAAUGAAAUGAAUUUACAAUUUUCUUCCGAAUCUGCUGCUUAUUAUAUGAAAUCUAUACAUUAUACCAGAGCUGUAUUAGGAACAGAGAGAAUGACAUUUGGAAGCAAUGAUGAAUGUCCAGAUAUAUUAUUCAAGUUGCAUGGAAGAACGAAUGAGAAGAACUUGAUGAUGGUGGGUAUUGCUUGUAAAGGCCGAUGGAGUCGUAAUGGUAUUCGAUGGAAUGAAAUUUUGGAAGAAGCUCACAAGUUUUUAAAACCAGUGCAUGAUCAAGUAUUGACUAGUCAUCCUACAUGGCAUUGUAUGUUGAUUACUAUGAGUACUCAGUUAGCAACCAACGUAUCUGAGGACUUGAAUCAUUCUAGUCGUUGUUAUUCAUCUGGCGAUAGUGUUGGAGAAUUCUUGAUUCCUCACAACUGUGAAUUGGUUAUUCUUUCUGAAGCCGAUGUAGAAAACUUUAUUGGCAAAGACAUUUUAUCGAAUUUAAGGAACGCUUUCAAGUCUGUGGAUAAUCCACAUUCGAGAAAUAUUGGCAUUUCAACCCUACAAGAAAUAGUUUUAUCUCUUUCCAAAAAUAUUUAAGAAUAAAUCGUUAUUGUUCUUU